UCUUUCUCUCUGUCUCAUUGCUCAUUCCCCGUCACCCACACCGGCACAACACCCCCCCCAGCAUCUCCUUAUAUAACUCCCCCAUUUGUUUCCCAAAUCAUCUUCUCCUGCUUCCUCUCUUCCUUCCGCAUUUUCAUCCCUUCCCUUCCCCUCCCCAGAGCCCUUCCUAGUUUUCCUUGGUUGUUGUUAUACGCCGUCAUCCACCAUGGCCGACGAUGCUGCCAACCCUGCUACCCAGGAGGCAUCUGUGCAGGUCCAGGAAGUGGUGCUCAAGGAUGUUCCUCAGCCCGAGAAGACCGUCGACAAGGAUCCCCAGUCUGUGCUCGACGCUGCGCCCUUGAAGCCGGUCGAGGAGACCGCCGAAACUGAGGUGUCGAAGCCCGGAAGUGAGGGUGACGACAAAAUGCCUGAAUCUGGUUCCUUUAAGGAAGAGAGUACUAGAGUUGCUGACCUUUCUGAUCACGAGAAAAAGGCUCUCCAAGAGCUCAAGCAGCUCGUCCAACAUGCCCUUAACAAGCACGACUUCUCUGCCCCUCCCAACCCGCUUGAGCCUCCUAAAGACGAUAAGCCUGAGCCUGCGCCCGCUGCUCCUUUCAACGACGAUGACAGCAAGACGCAAGAGCCCAUUCAGGAAAAGCCUGCGGAAACUGCGGACCCCACCAAAACAGAGGAUCGACAAGAAGACAAGAAGGAGACCGCAUCGCAGGAGGUCGUGGAUUCCACCGCGGUUGAUGACAAAACGGUCUCUCCUGCUGUUGAUGACGACGGAGCGAAAACCGUGGAAGCCAUUGAAGAGAGCGUGGUGGCGGUUUCUUCUGCUGUUCCUGCGGAGGAGCCGCUGGCGGCCAAGGAGUCAGAGGGCGCAGCCAUUCCUCCGCUAGCGGAGCCAGAGACCAAGGAGACCAAAGACGAAACUCCGCUACCACCUCCGCCGCAAGAAGUGUCCGUUUGGGGGAUACCGCUGCUUGCUGACGAGAGGAGCGAUGUUAUUCUCUUGAAAUUUCUGCGUGCAAGAGAUUUCAAAGUGAAAGAUGCGUUCACUAUGAUCAAGAACACAAUUCUCUGGAGAAAAGAGUUCGGAAUCGACAAAUUGAUGGAAGAAAACUUGAGCGACGAUUUGGAGAAGGCGGUAUUCAUGCAUGGGUUAGAUAAGGAAGGCCACCCCGUGUGUUACAACAUCUAUGGCGAAUUCCAGAACAAGGAGCUUUACAAGAAGGCGUUUUCCGAUGAGGAAAGGAGGCUCAAUUUCCUGAGAUGGAGAAUUCAGUUUCUGGAAAGGAGUAUUCGCAAGUUGGAUUUCACUCCCGGUAGCGUGUCCACCAUUGUGCAGAUUAAUGAUCUGAAGAAUUCUCCUGGACCUGGUAAAUGGGAACUAAGACAAGCCACCAAACAGGCCCUUCAUUUGCUCCAGGACAACUAUCCUGAAUUCGUGGCCAAACAGAUUUUCGUCAAUGUGCCAUGGUGGUACCUGGCAGUGAACAGGAUGAUAAGCCCUUUUCUCACUCAGAGAACCAAGAGCAAGUUUGUAUUUGCGGGGCCUUCCAAAUCUGCAGAGACCCUCUUGAGAUACAUAGCCCCGGAGCAACUUCCGGUGAAGUAUGGAGGACUAAGCAAAGAUGGGGAGUUCGGCAAUACUGAUGCUGUCACUGAAGUUACCGUUAAGCCAGCAGGAAAGCAUACUAUAGAAUUUCCGGUCAAUGAGAAAUGCCUUCUGUCUUGGGAGCUGAGAGUGAUAGGGUGGGAUGUAAGCUACGGAGCAGAGUUCGUGCCAAGUGCUGAAGGAAGCUACACAGUGAUUAUUCAGAAGGCUAGAAAAGUGGCUUCAUCGGAAGAGCCAGUGGUUUGUAAUAGUUUUGAGAUUGGUGAGCCUGGGAAAGUGGUUCUCACCAUUGACAAUCCAAGCUCCAAGAAGAAGAAGCUCUUGUAUCGCUUGAAAACCAAGUCUUCUGCUUAAACAUGAAUUUUGACAACUAGGAAUGCCUUUUUCUUAUGAAAUUGUUAUGGGGUAUUAUAUGGGAUCAAAAUCAUAUAUAUUAUGUAUGUAUACUCUGUGUUUUUUUAAAUUAUUAUUUAUUAUUAUUGUUUUUGUUAUUGUCAAAUAUCAAAGUUCAUUUUCAUAUUGGAGGUGAAGGAGGAGGGGGUAUCUUUUGAGAUGUGAAUUGUUUUUGAUGAUGUAUAAAUUGAAAGAAAUUUGUGGUGGGUCUUUUUCUACA